AUGUUGAUUUCCUCUUGCCACCUCUGGACAGCCGCAUUGGCCAUCUGCUCCGCAAGUGCUUACCAUGUUCCACCCGAUCAAACCGGCCUUGACACCCACGCGUUCGAUGACCCAGCAGCUCUCGUCCAUCAAGCGCCUCAUGAUGGCAACCUUGUCUACGAAGUCGACCGAGCCCAAGUUAAUAACUUCGACGAUGAUGACGACCCGGCCUAUGCAGCGGGCAACGGUACCAGUCUGGAGUACGGGAAAUGCUACAGACUGCAAGACGACGACCUCUGGCUGGGAGGAGAUUCUACCGCAUGGAAUUACUACACCUUCGGGCGCCGUUCAAACGUUCAAACUUUCCAACUCUGCAAGAAUAUGAGAGACUGCCAGAGGCAGAAUUCGAAUGACCAGGAAAUUAGGGAAGGCGGCAAGUUCUAUCUUUGGGACUUCCGUGGCAACCAUUACUCGAAGAACGGGGAAUUUGCCGCCUGCAACAACUUGGGUAACUUCUAUGCAGCCGGAGGUUCCUACAAGAACUACGCCCAGUUCCAGGUAUUCACUGAUGACUGUCCUAGUGGCGGUUAUUUCUGCUAUCUUACGCUCAAUCUGGUGGGCCAGUCGUCUGGAAAUAAUGGACUGCAAGUCGCUGGUGAUAAGUUUAGGAAUGAUUAUACCGGAAGUACUGUCACGCUGCGCUUCAAAGAAGUCAAGUGCCCCGAGGACCCUUGA